GGGGCCCGGGGGCGGUUGCUAAUGCGCCUGCGUUCCUGGAGAUGCCUGGCCGCCUCUGCGGGCGGGAAGCCAGCCGCAGAACCCGGAUGGAAGCCUGGCGCGGCUGGGGCGGAGGUGGCUGCGGGCGCCUCCGUGUCACUCGUCUCCGCAGGUUCCUGCUCCGAGGUCGCACCUGAGGAACCGCCGCCUAGAGUGGUUCUGGCGUCCAGGGGCUAGGCCCCAGCCUGAGCGGAAAGUGGCCUAGACCCUGAAACGGGCUUCUAAAAGGAUCCCGAGCAUCCUUGGGGCCUGCGCCUGGGGCUCGGAGAGGGGCGGUGGAGACGGCCGAGUCUUCCUUCGUGGCCGCCGGCGCCUAGUGCUCCGUGGAGCAGCCUCCUAAGCGUCCUUAAUAACACCAGCAGGUCCUUGCUGCCAGUUACACGCUGCGUGUGCCUUCCACGCAUGCUCAUAAGUAAACAUCCCAACGACCCUAUCAGCAAAAUUCUGCGGCAUCUCUGGAAUACCACCUGAGAAUUUCAGGGUGCCAUGUCGAAGAAACGCAAAUGGGAUGAUGACUAUGUCCGCUACUGGUUCACCUGUACGACGGAGGUUGACGGAACUCAACGCCCACAGUGCGUCUUGUGUAACUCGGUGUUUUCAAAUGCUGACCUCAGACCAUCAAAACUCUCUGACCAUUUUAACAGACAGCAUGGCGGCGUCGGUGGGCAUGAUCUCAGUAGCCUGAAGCAUAUGCCAGCACCAUCUGAUCAGAGCAAAACCUUGAAAGCAUUUGGAGUUGCAUCACAAGAGGAUGCCUUGUUACAAGCCUCCUAUCAGUUUGCGUACUUAUGUGCCAAGGAGAAGAAUCCUCAUACAAUAGCUGAAAAAUUAGUGAAACCUUGCGCGUUGGAAAUAGCACAUAUAGUUUUGGGUCCCGAUGCACAAAAGAAGCUUCAGCAGGUACCCUUAUCCGAUGAUGUGAUCCAUUCUAGAAUUGACGAGAUGAGCAAGGAUAUCUUACAGCAAGUCCUGGAAGACAUCCAAGCCAGCCCUCUUCAGGUGGGUAUUCAGCUUGCUGAGACAACAGACAUGGACGACUGCAGCCAGCUGAUGGCGUUUGUGCGCUACAUAAAAGAAAGAGAGAUCGUAGAAGAGUUUCUGUUCUGUGAACCAUUGCAGCUAGCCGUGAAAGGAAAAGAUGUGUUCAGUCUCUUCCGAGACUUCUUUUCGAAGCAUAAGAUAGGACUUGAUGUAUGUGGCUCUGUUUGUACCGACGGUGCCUCAUCUAUGCUUGGAGAAAACUCGGAAUUCGUUGCUUGCGUGAAAAAAGAGGUGCCUCAUAUCGUGGUCACACAUUGUUUGUUGAACCCUCACGAACUUGUCACCAAGACGUUGCCUACAAGGCUGAGGGAUGCUCUGUUUACUGUCGUGAGGGUGAUAAAUUUCAUCAAAGGGCGAGCGCCGAAUCAUCGCCUGUUUCAGGCCUUUUUUGAAGAGAUCGGAAUAGAGUACAGUGUCCUCCUUUUCCAUACGGAAAUGAGGUGGCUUUCCCGAGGCCAGAUACUCACUCAUAUUUUUGAAAUGUACGAAGAAAUAAAUCAGUUCCUUCACCACCAAAACAGUAGUUUAGUUAACGGCUUUGAAAAUAAAGAGUUUAAAAUUCACCUGGCCUACCUCGCAGACCUAUUCAAACACCUAAAUGAACUCAGCGCAUCCAUGCAGAGGACCGGGAUGAACACGGUGUCAGCUAGAGAGAAGUUAUCUGCCUUUAUUCGGAAGUUUCCAUUUUGGCUAAAGCGAAUCGAGAAGAGAAAUUUCACCAACUUUCCUUUCCUUGAAGAAGUAAUCGUCUCGGAUGAUGAGGCGGGAAGCAUCGCCGCGGAAAUCACACUCCACCUGCAACAGCUGAGCAACUCCUUCCACGGGUAUUUUUCCGUGGGGGACCUGGAAGAGGCAAGUAAAUGGAUACUGGACCCAUUUCUUUUUAACCUGGAUUUCGUUGAUGAUGGUUAUUUACUAAAAAAUGAUCUUGCCGAAUUACGAGCCAGUGGCCAAAUUUUGAUGGAAUUUGAGACCAUGAAGCUGGAGGAUUUCUGGUGUGUUCAGUUUCCAGUGUUUCCAGACCUGGCGAAGACAGCUCUAGAAAUCCUUAUACCGUUUGCAUCCACAUACCUUUGUGAGCUGGGAUUUUCAUCACUUUUACACUUUAAAACAAAGUCCAGAAGCUGCAUUAAUAUGAGUGAGGACAUCCGUGUGGCUAUUUCAAAAAAAGUUCCUCGUUUCUCAGACAUCAUUGAGCAAAAGCUACAGCUACAGCAGAAGUCACUGUAAGCUGACAUACUUUUUUAAAAUGUAUAAUUUUCAAUAUAUUCUUAAUUCCGUGAUAAAAUUAAGCUAUAAUUCUGUCCCUUUCCUUUUAUGUUUAUGGUAUACCAAAUCCUGUGUUUAAAAAAUUUAGCAUCUUUAACUUUUAAGUUUCACAUGAGUCAUGGGAAAGUAUAUAUGUUUUAUAAAAGGCAAGGAGCAGAAAAGAGCACCGCUGCCUAGUUAAUACAUAGGAUUCUUCUAAGUGUUCGUUAAACCUGUUGAUGUGAUGCAUUAAAAGGAUGCCCCGGCGCUAGAAUAUCCAGCAAAGUGGUGCGGUAGGCUGAGAACUGGAGCCAGGGUGGAACACAGGACCUCCCAGAACACGCAUCUCCGUGUCGAGAGUAAAAGUCAAAGGACAAAACGACGGGCUGUCUCCCCUGCCUGUGAGAGCUGUCGCAGGGAGAUUGCUGGACUCAGAAGAGGAUUAUGGAAUGUCCUAGAGGGAGAAGGGAUGAUGCUGGUUUACAUAGGAUUUAUUUUUAAAUGCGUUCUUUGGAGUUAGCCUCACAGUGUCCAUUCCUCUAGCUACCAUGCCCUAAAUACAACAUUAAUAAAUACCCUAAUAUCCUAUUA